AAAUAAUUUGAAAUUCUUUUUGGUUUAAAAUUUAUUAAAAUACCGUUUAUUUAUUUUUUAAAAGAAAAUCCACCAAUUAAUCAUUUCCUCAACAUGUCUCAAGCAUUUUCAACCCUUGAAAAGUCUUUUUGAUUUAUGUGUAUAAUGGCUUAAUUUAGUGGAAAGUGAAAUGGGAAACAAAUUUAUGGUAAAUGGGUUUUAAUUUGUGGAAUGGACUAAAAUACAAACCUUUAGACACUUUGAGUGUAGACUGCAGAGAUUGGUAAGGGACAACCUAUUAGAAGUUAUUUUUACUUAAUUAAUUCCCUUGCUGCCGAUAUUUUUGGAAGGCAAGAAAGGUUUUUAGGUAAGUUGAGUUAUUGAAAAUUUGAAUUACAAUUGACCUUGAAUAUUCACAAUUUCUUUUAUUUUUUUAAAUAAUAAUUUUCUUUUGUUUGAGGACAAGUAAACAUUUAAGUGUGGGGAUUUGAUGACUUCAAAUAUUUUUAUAUGUUUUUUAGGAACUUUAUAAUCAAUUUAGAAUUAUCUAAGUAAUUUUGUAGUAAUAAGUAAUUAUUACCUUUCACCAAAACUAAUUAGAAUCUCUAUUGUGUGAAACCAUUAUUAUCAAUGGAACAACCUUUUAAUUACUUUAAAAAUAUUUUUAACACAGUUUUAUUGCGAAUAGGGUGCAAGAGUCAGUGACUCGCUUUUAUUGCGUUGCCCUGUUUUAGUUUGCAUUAUUAUAUGCAGCAUGUGAUCUUGAAUUUCCUUAAAAGCCGUGAGAGGAAAUAGACUGAAUUGUUAAAGAAAAAAAAAUCUUCAGAGGGUCCACCGAAUAGAAGAAUGUGUUCUAAAUUGAACAAUAAUGGAUUAGUGGCAGGUCUGAAUAUAAAUUUGAAUCUAAUGAAAAUUUAAAAGUUUAAAUUUAAGCGCCGAAAGUAAAGACGAGACUUAAGAGAAGACUUGGCUCACUCCCAACAUUUUCUUCCGGGAAAAUUGCGGGGAAAAACCAUGAGUUCCAAAUAACUGGACAAAAGUCUCAAGUUUUAAAAUUCCGUUAGAACAUUUUAUUUGAUCUUGAUCCUUCAGUUUCAAUGUCUCUAGAAGUGAAAAGACAAAACUGACCUUUAAAUAACUUGAGGAAAAAACAGAAGUGAAACAUGAACACCAGAGCUUGACGUUGCUGUGUUUAGUUUUUCAAGAAGAUUUUGUCAACUUAUUCUAAAAAGUUUCUGGUACGAAGUCAAUUUUUAUAAAGGAGAAUUAUAUCCAACCCCUUCUCAAAGAAAUUUAUUACAGAGAUAAGGUCCAACAACAAGUCCCAUUCAAGAAAAAAUAAGUCAUGUUUUCAUUUUAAUAAUAAUCCAUUCCAUGUUGGUCUUUAUCUAUGAUUAAUUUCCUUGGGAAGGGGCUGCAUGUGAUUUUCCUUUUUUAUAAUAAGAUGAAAAGUUUUUAGGAAAAAACAUUGAACGCAAGUGUCUAAAGCUGUUGAGUUUGGAUUUUGUUUGACAAAUAAGUUUUUUUUAAAAAAAUAUUAACUAAAUAUAAAUCAUGUCACAAUGUUAUAUAAAGACAUUUACCCAAAAAAAAAAAAAUCUAUAGCGUUAGAGAUAGCUGGAAGGCAAACUCAAAAAACACUUAAAGAAGUAUUUAUAGAUUACCUAUCAACAAAAUCAUUAUAUCAAUAGAAUUUAAAUUAAUAACAAUUAGGUUCCUAAUAAAAAAUUUCUAAAAAAAAACUUGCAAAUAUUAAUUCAAGCACCAACGAGCAUGUAACUCAAUUGAUAAGAAGUUGUGCUAGCUUAAUUAGUGGUUUUAAAUUCAAGUCUUGUGUAUGCAAAUGUAUUAAAUAUGUGUUGGGAUAGCUUUGCCAUCAUUGUGGUCCUACCCUCGGCCUAUGAAUAAUAGAUAAUUAUAUAUAUAAAAAAAUCAAUUCAAACAGCUAUAAAUAGAAAUUAUUCUUAUAAUUUAAAAUUACAUUUGAUACAUAAAUAUGUAUUUGCAAUUAAAACUAAAUUUGCAGUUAUAUGGAUCGAUAUUUUAAAAUUAUUUUAGAAAAAUUUAUCGAGGAUAUCAUUGUCAUUAAUUUAAUAUUUUGGGACCUAACUAUUAUUCUCCAUUUAAUCCAAACACAUCCUAAAAGGGAAGACUCCACCUCACUUCCACUGCUUCAUAUUCAUAAUGUAUACAAUUAAACAUUUUGCUUUUUGCUUUUCCAAACUGAAAGUUCUGCGAAGCCUGACUUCGACGACGACGACUUGGGACUGAGUCUUGUAUAUGCCUUAGCUUAGCUUGGAGCUUCAUUUACAAACACACACACACACCCCAUAUUUUGCAGAUCAUCAGAGACUGAAGACUAAACACAAGACUUAUUGGCCUCAACAUUAUUUUAUUCUUCAGCUUUCAAACUGUUAUGGCACUUGAAGCUCAUCGACUUGACUACCCUUCAAGCUCUUCAGGUUUGGCUAGAAGAUGGAAGUAUCAUGUGUUCUUGAGUUUUCGAGGAGAAGACACUCGUAGAAGCUUUACAGAUCAUUUGUAUUGUACUUUACAACGGAAGGGAAUCAUAGCUUUUAGGGAUGAUGAAGAACUUGAGAGGGGACAAGUUAUUAAACCAAGUCUGCUCCAAGCAAUUAAAGAAUCACUUUCUGCAAUUAUUGUUUUCUCUCCAAAUUAUGCUUCUUCAACCUGGUGCUUGGAUGAGCUCUCAACGAUUCUUCAUUUUAAGAAAGAGUCAGGUCUUCAUGUAUUUCCAAUCUUUUAUGGUGUGGAUCCGUCUGAUGUUCGACAUCAAAGGGGAAGUUUUGCAGAAGUAUUUAAAAAGCAUGAAGAAAAACUUCCCCAAGACAAGAUGAAGGUGAAAAGUUGGAGGGAUUCUUUGGAAGAAGUUGCUAACUUAUCUGGCUGGGACUCUAACAAUUGGUCUCGUGAAACAAAACUCAUUGAAGAUGUUAUUGAAAAAAUGAGGUCAAAAAUAUAUGAUAAACUUCCAUUUGACUCUCAAAGAUUAGUUGGAAUUGGAUCAAAACAUGCCAACUUUAAUUCACUUUUAGAAGAUGGAUUGGAUGAAGUUCGAUUUAUAGGAUUAUGGGGCGCAGGUGGUUCAGGGGUGGGAUCGGCGGAGCUGGAUCUGAAGAAGUCAGAGGUGAGCGUGAAGGGAGUGUUUGAUCCAGCGAAAUUGGUGGAGUUCAUGUGGAAGCGAACAGGGAAGCAAGCUGUGAUAGUGAAGCAAGAGGUGACAGAGAAGAAAGAGAAAGCAGAGGAAGGAAAAGAGGAGGAGGAGGAGAAAGUAGAGGAAGGGGGCAGAGGAGAGAAAGAGAAGGAGAGGAAGAAGGAAAAGGAGAAGAGAAGGAGGAGAAGGAGAAAGAAGCUGGAGAGGGGGAGGCUGUGGCAGCAAAAGCGGAGGAAGUAGUGGUGACGGAAGAGGCGAAGGUGGUGGAGAUGACAGUGAACACAUAUUAUUUCUACCCUUCUUACACCAUAGAGAUGAACCCUUACCCACUCCACCAGAUAUUCAGCGAUGAAAACCCGAAUGCUUGCUCUAUCAUGUAGAUAUAUGAGAGAAAUUUGCAGAAUGUCAAGGGUAUCAUGGGAAUCAAGGGGAAGUUCUAAAACUUGGAAGAUUGAUCUCUCCUUCUACUUUCGUCGUCUCCAUAUUUGCAUCUUUAUAAUCGGGUUCAUCUUCAAUGCUCAGUACACGAAGGUGCUCAUUGCGCGUGCACACCAUGUCAUUAAAAGAAGAAAAAAUCUAGGCUGUCCAUUGCGUGUUAAUAUCAGCCGUUUAUUAUUUUUUAUUCCAUUUAGGUUGUCUUCUCCAAUAUUUGUUCAAUGCUCUUACUCCAUUGACCAUUCGCUUUCUUGCUCUGCCUGCCAUUAGUGGCACUCCCUUGCUCUGCCGGCCAUCAUCGGCACUCUCUUGUUCCAUUGGCCAUCUUCAUCUUCAUUGUCGAUUGUGGCUGAGAGGAAGUUUUGCAGAAGCAUUAAAAAAGCAUGAAGAAAUUCACAAUCAAGAUAAAGGUGCAUAAUUGGAGGGAUGCUUUGGAAGAAGUUGCUAACUUAUCUGGUUGGCACUCUGAUAGUUGGAAGUAAGCCAAGUGAAGAUUUUCGGGAGCUUUCCAGAACUGUGGUUAACAGUUCUAUAUGCUAGCAGCCGUCCUUUGGCACUCAAAGUGUUGGGUUCUUUUCUUUGUUGAAGAACUAUAGAGAAAUGGAAGGAUGCACUUGCUAAGUUGAAGAAGGUUCCUCCAAAUAACAUUCUGAAGAUACUUAAGGUAAGUUUUUAUGAAUUAGAUCAUAUGGAAAAGACUAUAUUCUUGGAUAUUGCUUGCUUUUUUGAUGGGACGGCCAAAGGCCCUCUUAUAAAAAAUUUAGAAAUAUUGGAUGAGGAUCUUCACCCAACAAGUGGAAUAGAUGUUCUUAUUGACAAAUCACUAGUAAUUGAUUCAGAAGGAUGUUUGUGGGUGUAUCAUAUACUUCAAGAUAUGGGAAAUAUAUUGUCUCUCAAGAAUCACCUGAUGAUGCUAGCAAGCAUUCUAGGAUAUUGUCUUUUAAGGAUGCCAAUGAUGUAUUAGAAGGAAAUAAGGUAACACCCUUAAGUUUUUGUGACUAUACAUACACUCUUUGUUUGGGGUAUAGCUAUAACAUUUAGAAAAACAUUUGAUGAACUUUGGCAUCCUGAAGCCUUCUCAAAGAUGAGCAAUCUCAAAUUACUUGACAUUUCAAGCUGCUCACAUAUUUCUCAUUGUCAAUUGAAUCUUUCGCAUGGAAUUAAGUCCCUUCCCAAUGGGCUGAAAGUCUUAGGAGGGGAUGGGCAUCCUUUAGAUUCUUUGCCCAAUCAAACUCAACUCCAUGAACUUGUUGUUCUAAAAAUGCAACAUAGCAAGUUAAAAGAACUUUGGAGGGGAGCACAGUCUCCACCAAGGCUGAAGUCCAUUGAUUUAUCUCAUUCCAAAUACCUCAUCAAAACUCCAGGUUUUGAUUAAAUUCCUAAUCUUGAGAUAUUGAUUCUAGAAGGGUGUUCUAAACUGGUUGAAGUUCACCAGUCUCUUGGGCAACAUAAGAAUCUUGUUGUUGUUAAUUUGAAAUGCAAAAAAGUUAUAACCCUUCCAAGAAAAUUUGAGAUGGAUCGCUUAAAGAAUUUUGUUCUAUCUAGUUGUUCAAAAAUUAUAAAACCUCCUGAGUUUGGAAAGGCAAUGAAAUAUCUCUCUAUGCUUGUUUGUAAAUUGAUAGCCAGGAAGAUUAUCAAAAAAUUUGGUUGUUCAACGUUUUCAAGGAUGCAAGACGACUUGAAUGAAAAUGGGGCUUUGGAAGUGCUUGAUAUGAGUGAAAUUUCUAAAAAGGCACCAUCACUUUGUGAAUACAAUAGUCAAGCACAUUCUUCAUCAUCAUGGAGUUGCAUGUCCCUUCUGAAGAAGUCAUUUGGGUUUCAAAGGCCUUUAAGGUCAAAAAAUUUUAUGUUGCCCCAUUCUUUAUCAUUCUUGAGCCAAUUAAAUUUAGGUUAUUGCAAACUUAAUGAUGGAUCACUUCCAGAUGACAUAAGCAUGUUAUCAUCAUUUACACAUUUAAUUUUAAGUGGAAACAAUUUCAUUGA